UUUUGGGACACUCUGUACCUCCUUCAACUGAUGACUCAUGCUUACUAAAAAAAGACGGACUGUGCAGGAAAAAAAUCAUCAAGUCAUUUGAUGAAAAAGAUUUAAAAUGGAGAAGCAAAGUUUUUUCACUCUGAUGAUCAUGAUGUCGUUCGCACAUGGUGAUAUACUUGACAUGACAUACAUUUUGAAUGAGAAGGCGGUUUAUUUUAAAGAACUUGCUCAUUUCAAUCGCAAGCUGAUUAACAAUGGAACAUUUGAGGAAGCACCAUAUGUAUACUACAAUGAUUUGGAAAUAUCGGAACACAUGGGAACACACGUUGAUGCCCCUGUACAUUUUGCACUUGGAGGAAGGAUGGUAAAUGAACUGAAACUAACUGAGCUUCAUGGUCCAGCUGUUGUAAUAGACAUCCGUAAAAAGGCUGAAAAAGACUCUAAUGCAUGUUUAGAACUUGUAGACAUACUGGCAUGGGAGGAAGAAUUUGGUGAAAUUCCCAAGGGAGCAGUUAUUGUACAGUAUUCUGGAUGGGGUCAAUAUUGGGGUGAUUCUGAAGCAUAUGUUGGACCUCAAACGACUGAUGGAAGAUUGAGCAUUGAGUCCCCUGGCUUACAUCCCGAUGCUGUUAAUUGGUUGUUACAGAACAGAGACAUUAAUGGUUUUGUAAUGGAUACGAGAAGCUGUGAUAGUGGUGCCAACACAGGAACGUACCUAGCCCAUCGUGCCAUUAUGGAAAAUGAUAAAUGGUGUGUUGAAAAUGGUGCAAACAUUGACAAGAUUCCUAGACAUGGAAGUGAAAUAUAUAUUUUGCCAAUGAAGGUGGAAUAUGGAAGCGGAGGACAUGUCAGAAUGUUUUCCAUCUGGAAUGAAGUAGCUCCGUGGCAUAAUGCAAGUGCCGCAAAGGGAGGUGCUAUAAUCAGUUUUGCACUUAUAUCAUUUACUUUGUUUAUACAUCAUCUAAUGUAGACUACUGCCCAACAAACUCAUUGUUAACAGUGUUUCUUAGUAGUCUGAAUUCUAGCUUGUAGUGUUGAGAUGUAAACUUUAGACAAACACACUUGAUAUUUUGGGCAAGGGAAAUAUACCAAUAUGUCAAGUUGACUGUUUUAUGCAGUUUGAGUGCAGUUAAACCUUUGUAUGUGUGAAAUCUUUGCCAAUGUGAAUGUUUAAUCCAUUUUAUUAUGGGAAUAAAAGCGACAUAAUAAUAAUAUAGCAUAUUUACUCUGAACAGAUUUUCUGUAUCUGGUUGAUCACUGAUGAUACAUGAGUUAUUACAUACAUGAGUAGUAUUGCACAUGAUAUAUACUAUAUAUACCUUGUCUCCUCUGUAAAAUAAAUGCAGAAAUGCAAGAAGAAAAAUAAGAAGAAAACUGAAUUUUCUCAUUUUUAAACACUUUAUGAAACCAAUAUUCUCU